AUGCAGAGCAGUAGCCACAGGGCCGGAAAAGACGCCUCCCAGGAAGGUCUGGAGUCUGUGGAGUUUCUCGACCAUCUUGCAGAUAUCCAAAUGCAUUGCACGGCAACCAGCCUUCCGGCUCUGUAUGAGGUGGCUGUGAAAGGGAUGAUGAGCUAUGCAGUAAGAAUACCACCGGCGGCCCAAGGGACCGGAAGAGUUGAGCUACAGGAAGGAUCUUCCGAAAUGAACAUGGUGGGACUUCUAACAUAUUUCAUUGAUAUGAUGUAUGGAGAAGGCCUUGUUGUCUCCGAAGUCUCUGUACAGCUAAAGGAUGGCCAUCUUUUUUGCGACUAUUCCGUGGCAAGCGGAUCCGAAUGCCAAAGCCUCUGUGAAAUCAAAGCAGUUACUUUAUGUGGUUUGAAAAUAUUUGAGGAGGAGAAUGUGUUCCAUCUCUACUGCAUCUUCGAUGUUUGA